CUGGGAGGGGAGGCGCUCGAACCGGUGCAGAGCGCAGAGCGCACCGUCACCAGCUGCUUUCACCGCGUCGGCUGCGCGUCUGACAGGACACCAUGGGACUGGAGAGGGAGAAAUCGGACACUAGCAUCAUUAUGGACGAAGAUGAGUUCAACAGAUCGAUUGAGCCCAUUCUGUCGAAGAAGGGGAAAGUGUACGCAGCGGAGCCGGACCGAGAUCCAAACGAUGUCAACGCGUACUUCAAGGUCGGGUUUGAAGAUGUGGUCGCUGAGCCGGUGUCCACGCACAGCUUCGACAAAGUGUGGAUCGGAAGCCACGCUGCGUUCGAGCUGGUCAAAUUCAUCAUUUACCGCCUGCUGACCACCCUGCUGGCCGUGCCCAUAGCGUUCAUCCUCGGGCUGGUGUUCGCGGUGCACAGCUGCAUCCACAUCUGGUUGGUGAUGCCUGUGAUCCAGAGCUGCCUGAUGCUCCUACCGUCCCUCCAGAUCGUGUGGAGGAGUCUGACAAACAUGUUCAUCACACCGCUCUUCCACAGCAUGGGCAAGAGCCUGUCUUCCAUUCAAGUCCAAACAAUCGAGAACUGAUGCAGACAGGAGGAAGAAAUGCAGGAGUGAAUAAUCCAAGUGGUAUGAGUUCUUAUAAAGUCAAAAAUGAAGAUUCCUGUAAACAAGUGUAACUACUGUAGAUGGAUACAGUGUCAAGGUUUAAUCUGUCAAAUCUAUUCAGUACACAAUCUUGAUUCCAUAGUCUCCCUGCAGGUCAUGUGCAUGGGGGGGAAACCAUAUCUUUAACAAAUACCGAAGACUUUAUAAGUAUCUCAUGUUCACCCCCCAAAGCUGAGUUGUUUUGUUGAUUGUGACCAAAAGAAAUUCUUGUCAUUCCAUUAUUUUGUGGCUGAGAGAGGAGUGUAUUAUUAUUCAAGCUAACAUACUGCUGCCUCGCUUCGAGAUGUCAUAUUUCUGCUUUUUUACAUGUAUAUAUUGCAAAAAGUUCAGCUAGAAGUUGAAUGUAAUGAUGUGAAUAUUAAAUGCUGAGACGCAGCUUGAUGCACAUUCACAGGCUUAUUUUAUCUGCUGUGUUGAUCUAACAGUGCUUUCUUAAGGACCUAUGUUAGCCUAUAAGCCAUAUGCAGUAAAGUUGUUUUAACAUGGAUCUAUGUAAAAUUCUCAGAAGGGUGGUGUUCUAAUUUAUUAUUUAUACAAUCACCAAUUUCUUGAUCUGCAAACAUUUGGUGGAGCGUGACACCAAAGAAGUUGAAGAUCUCAGACUCUGGUACAUGCAUGUUAUAUUUAGAGGUGCUUUCUGAUUGCUACAGAGCUGCGACUACUCAGGCUGGGCUGAGAACCCUACUUCUACAGCCAGAAGGACAUUAAAGCUAGGGUUGGAAAUUCUGGAAAAGCUAGGAAGACCAGAUUACACUUUAACAAAAUACAACCGAUAUAUCCCAUCCACUCCCAUCGGCCCUCUGGUCAAUGCUCCGUCAUGAACGUGCACGAUAGAAAACUGAUUUUAUGUGACUUGCUUGCUCACUUCUGACUCUCGUCUCAGGUAGGUUGGUUUGUUAGAGACAGGAACACAAGCCACUCAUUUCAUUUAGUGAGAAUGAAAUGAUUGGCUGUGUUUAUUAAAGUCCUGUGAGCCACUGAUGGCUCUCGGGAUAUGAAGAGGAUUUCCACAAAUACGAUAAAAAGUUUUUCUGAAACAAAUUGCAAACCCUACCUUUAAGCAGCUACAUAAUCUCAUUUUAUCCUCUUUUUAAUGUGGAUUUGAUAAGGUUGUGUACAAGCAUGCACAGUUAACUGGCUCUGAGCUGUACAAGAUGAAAUGUAGAAGAUGAUCGAUAGAGCAGUGUCUGUUGUGUGCUGAUGCUGAAGUGUGCUUUCUAGAGAGAUUUCAACUUUUGGUGUGUGAACACACCUCUAAUAAACAGAAAUUUUUUGUAAGACCACAUACUGUAUCUGUCUUUGAUAAUUCAAGUGAAUGCUACUUAUGCGAUUGAUUGAAAUCUGUGCAGCCAUAAAAACCUACAAUCAACAUUUAAAGCAACACGAGAAAAUACACAUAACUCUGAUUUAUUAUCCCCAUGUUAUAGCUAACAUGUUAGCAAACAGUUGCCUGUUUCCACAGCCAGCAGACACGGAGCAACACCAACUUUCAUUCUGCCUUAUUCACUCUAAAAUCACUAAAUCAGCAACUAGAUGUUUUUUUUUUUGGCCGUCCCCAACUUCUCUGCUGCACGAGAACAGGUUUGAUGAGAGUGUUGAGACUGACCUAUAUUAUAAAUAAGCUGCAAAACCAAAAAUAUUGAGCUAAAAACACAUAGACCUGCAAUCCUGCUAAUUCUCUGUUGUUUUAUUCAAUCCAAUAUAUACCUGUAUAACAAGGAUGCAGAAAAGUUGCAGCUUCAAGUGCCAUCGUACGUUGCUGUUUCAACACCAGGAGGUCAAACCUCUAAUUAUAAUAAGUAGAGGUGAAAUAAUCAAUGUGCUAAAAUACAGACUUCUAGAAAUUAGGUCCAAGGUUUGAUAACCUGGACAACAAAAUGAUGCACUGCAAGAACAAGGACAAAUUUGAAAUUCUUAAAAAUGUCUUUUAAGAAACGCUUUAAAAGACUGCUGCAGAUUUGAAGAAGGAAAAAUCAAUGCAAAAUAAUGUUUGCUGAGAUUCUUUUUUUGGGGGGUUUCAAGCUUUCAACACAAUGAGUUUCAACCUGUCAACAUCUUUUUUCAGCGUCAGAUAUUUAUCCCAUCUGAAUACCGUGUACAGUUUGAGAUGGAUGGCUCAUCCAGAUGAAGAGGGGAUUAUAUUUGUAUUUAACAGUAACAUUUCGCAGUUUUUUUAAAUUCCAGCUUGUUACUCAGCAUUGCACUGUUAAAUAAGCUGCUGAACUUUUGCACCAGACAGACCUGUUACACAACAGUGUCAGUGUUUUGUUUCCAGCUGACAGCAGAAGCACAGCAGUUCUUUGAAAUCCUUUCACUGGUGUUGGACUAGUGACAAGUUGCCAGCCAAUAUGCUUGUGUUAAAAAAUAUUUCGAUUCAAGGUGAGGUAGUGCAAAACUGGAUCCCUCUUCCACAUAACUUGUAGAACUGAGAAACCUCAGAUCAGCCAUCCUUCAAAUGUCAUUGAUCGAUUUUAGACAAAUAGAUUACAGUGUGAUGGGAAAUUAUGUGUAAUUAUUAGUUUGUACUAUAUUCUCUGUGCCAAAUCAUUUUAACUGCAGCUUUACUGAAAGUGUGGAUAAACUCAAAGUGGGGCAAAUCUAUUUUACUUCAACAAACCAAACGUUCUUCAUAAAUGAAAUAAAGAAUUUGUUUUUCCUGAAGCUCAA